AUGGCUGGCUCAGACGAAGCAAACAGUCAUCCAGCAGAGGGCAACACCAGAAUUAAUAUUACUGGUGCCGAACUGCAAGCUUUGAUCACUGCUGCAGUUUCUCAAGCGGUAGAGGCUAAGUUUAAAGAGCCGAGUGUUGUUCGGUCUCAAACUCUUUCAAAAACCCAUUCUCAACCACAUACUCACAGGAAAAGUGAGUCCCCACACUCGUCUAACCAGGGUAGUGUACCCAAGAAGCAGGUUGUUCCUGAGCAUACCCUUAGGCACGCCAAGGGUUGUACCUACAAAUAUUUUGUUUCCUGUAAGCCAAGAGACUUUACAGGAGAAAAAGGGGCGAUAGACUGUAUGAAGUGGUUAGAUGAGAUGGAAACGGUGAUAGAUAUUAGCGGUUGCGCUAAAGAAGAUGUGGUUAUGUUUGUCUCCCAAUCUUUUAAGGGCGAUGCCCUUACAUGGUGGAAAGCGCUUGUACAAUCCAUUGGGAAAGUGCAUUUGUAUAAUCUCUCAUGGGAGAAGUUUGUUGAUCUGGUUAAGGACACUUAUUGUCCUCAGCAUGAGGUGGAGCGUAUAGAGACUGAUUUUCUCACCCUCGUGAUGAAGGAUCUAGACUGUGGAUCCUAUGUGACUAGUUUCAAUUCUAUGUCGAGGCUUGUGUCGUAUUUAGUCACACCUAAGCCCAAGCGCAUUGCGCGUUUUAUUGGUGGUUUAGCCCCUGAAGUUAAGGGGAAUGUUAAGGCUUCAAAGCCAACCACCUAUAGAUCCGCUGUGGAUCUAUCAUUAUCCCUCACAUUGGAUAUUGUGAGGAGCAGGGCGAAGAAAAAUUCUAAAGAGGGGAAGAGGAAGAGAGAGGAUGAUCAGUCCUCCCAGUCGAAUAAGAAGGGAAAAGGGAACUCUGGUUCCAAGAAAGGGCAGACUGGUGAUAAGCCCAGGUGUAAGACUUGCCACAAAAGGCAUUUUGGCAAGUGCAACCAAGACCCACAGGCUAAACCGUGUGGAAUCUGCAAGAAGAAGGGGCACAAAUCUGUCGAGUGCCGGAACAUUAAGGAUGCAACCUAUUACGGUUGCAAUGAAAAGGGGCACAUCAAGACCAAUUUCCCCAAGUAUGCGAAGAAGCCUGAGGAGGCUAAGAAGAACAAUGCCAGGGUGUUUCAGAUGCAGGCACGGGAAGCGGUGACCGAUGAUAACGUCAUAACAGACAUAAAGUAUGAGGCAGAACUCGCUGAUGGUACCUUAGAAUCAGCUUCAACUCUUCUUGAUGGAUGUUCCAUAUCCAUUAAGAACUAUUAUGUCCCGUUGUCCCUCCUGCCAAUGAAAUUGGCUGUCACUAUCCAAGGAGACACACAGUACGGGUUGCCCAGCAAUGUGUCUAUUCUUAAAGUAUCCCAGUGUUUGAAGGGCGGAUGUGUCAUUUACAUGGCACAAGUGACUGUCAAUGACCCGAAGCCGAAGAUUGAAGACAUUCCAAUCAUUUCAGAGUAUCCUGAUGUCUUUCCUAAUGAGUUACCGGGAUUACCUCCUGAGAGACUAUUAGCUACACAGAAAGACGCUGUAUUGGAAGUUAAUCUUCCAAAUGAAAGUUAG